CUGUGAAAAUGGUACAAGCCUGCUUUGGUGGAGAAGAUGCCUUUAGCUUUUCAUGUGUGUGAGUGGGUGGUGCUUCCUUUUCCACACUAAUUUACUGUUUUUCUUUAUAAAGAUGCAAUUUUUCCAUCAAUUCCUACUGUGUUUCCCCUCAUCCUCACCUUUCCUCUCCUCCAUCUCCAACAAGAAGGUUUAUGUGGAUGCCAUCCAACCUCUCUUUUCUUGUUCAAUUGAGUGAUGACUGCUGGUGUGGAGCACUUGUCUUGGUUAGUUCACCAAUCCACCCACAUAAAAUAACAGCCCUGGCCCCUGGGAACUUCACUUCGCAUCAAGUGUGAGAUUCAAGUGAAGAAGUGAAGAAAGAGAGAGCCUUGAAGCCCUUUGUUAUGUAUGUUCUUGGGAGUAGGGAAUAUCACAUUCUGGAGAGUACCAGGAGAUAAAGAGAAGGUCUGCUUGAGAUGUUAUCCAGUGCAAGCCUACCAGGCCCCUCAUGUUCUCAGGCCUCAGGACUGAAAAGUGAGGAGAUAGAGCCUCCCAAUUUUUCUAUCAGGGAUUAUGUUUUUACUUUGCGGAAUGAAGACAUCAAGAAAAACUGGCCUUUCUCUCCGAAGUUCUUGCAAGUAUGCUUGAAGCAUGAGAUCAAAGAUUUAUUGCCACCAUUUGAGUCUUGCUGUUCAGUAAGAGCCAAGUGUUGCAAUAAGGAUAAUUUAGUCACAAGCUUGGAAGAUGCUGAUAAUAUCAAUCAAACGAGGUGCUUAUCAUCGAUAAACCAAUUGGUUGUAGAGAAUUUGCCAGAGAAGGAAACGGUGGCAGUUGAGAAAGUAGACAUUCUUGAUGGCAAACUCAUUAAUAAUGAAGCUGAAAUCCUCACUACGAUAAUCAGUCACGAUCAAGUAGUUUGUAAGUCAUAUGAAACUAGUGAGAAUAGGCUUGAAGAGACAUCUGAAAGAGAGGUUGCCGUGUCUUCUCCGGUUGCGGUGGUGCCUAAUAUCAACCGUCAGCGAGCUGAAAAGAAGCGUAAAUUGAUUGUGAAGUUGAGUCCAAUGCCUCAGAGUAGUCGUGCCGAAGACAUAGGAACCACUUCUGCUUCUGUUUCUGAUCUCAUGGCUUCAAAGGUUUGCCCUGUUUGCAAGACAUUUGCAUCCAGUUCAAACACCACUUUGAAUGCUCACAUUGAUCAAUGUCUAUCGGAGGAGUCCAAUACUAAACUUGUUGUGACCAACUCAUUGAAAGUUCAAGUGAAACCCAGGAAGAAAAAGUUGAUGGUGGACAUUUACAAAACUGCUCCACAUUGCACGCUCGAAGACCUUGAUAAGAGGAAUGGUACAAACUGGGCUUCAGAUUUGUCUUUGGUGGCUCCCUCGAGUAAUGUUUCAUGUGAAUUCAAAAGACCAAAGCUGUCUCCAGGGUUUAUAGACAAGGGAAAUAAUGAAGGAGCUGUAUAUGUUGAUUCCAAUGGAAUAAAGAUUCGGAUCUUGUCAAAGAUCGAUGAUGCACCAUCAACAGUGUCGGGAAAGGGAUUCAAGAAGCAGCACUUGAAAGCGAAAUAUUUAAAUUAUCUGAAGGUGAAUGCACCAAAGAAGAAAUUAAGCAAGCGUCAGUCAUCAUCGGAAGGAGAUUGCCUUUUGAACACUAAUCAAAAGAUUCAAAAGGAAGAAUCACUAUCCGACUUGAAUGCUCAAGAUCAAGUCCAGAGCUUGGGGCCUGCAACAUUAGGACAAUGGGUGUGUUCCAAACGCUCAGAUAUGUCGAGAAAGCUACGGAAUAAGAAAUUCUCUAAAAGUUCGGUGAAUCUGUUGCCCAUUACUAAGAAAUUAUUGAGCAAUCAAACAGAUUCGAUCAAGACUUCUGUCGGCAAAAAACAAAUUCUUAAGCUCUCAAGAUUAUCAGAGGAUUUGGCUCCAUCUACUACAACCAAAAUUGUUGGCAGUGUUGAUGAAAUAGUCCAAACAACUAAUGAGGAGAACAAGUCUCCAAAUCCACCUGUCUUUGAUCCUUUAUUAUCAUCAUUUGAAGUAUCGAAAUCCUCAUGUAAGGAGAGUUGCCAUCCAUCUCCUAAAGCUGGAAAAGAUAUAUCUUUGAAGAAGAAUGAUUUAUUACAGAGCCGAUGCUUCAUGGGGGCAGAAGGAGAUAGUGGUUGUAAAAAUCUGCUCAUCUCUAAAAAGCUCCGUAAGCAUAGAUUGAUUGGUAGUGGAAAAUGGGGAAGUGAGUUUACUUCUUGUGAUGAUGGACUUGUUGGUUCUGUGAAAGCUAAGAAACUGAGUGACCAUCAUGAAGUCAACUUCUCAGAUGAUACUGUAAUGCCUGGCACGUCAGAUGCUGUUGAUCAGGAAUCUGACCUAGGGAAAGAAUUCUUUGAUAUUUCUGAAGUGCAGAAACAUUCAUCAGGAAGAUUUAAUUCUGGCAAAAAACUUGAUAUGCAAAUUGGUGAUGUCGCUGCUGAUGACAUUUUAAUUUCUGAUAGUCAAAUUCUUGAUGCAAAGACCAAAUUGGAUGAUCUGUUAUCCAGGGAAGACCAUUUGGAACUCAUUUGUGGAAAUGAAACUUUGGAAGAGUUACCAAGUCAAAGAUCAGUUGAUGCAGAAAAGAUGCAAGGUGAUGACAUUGUGAACGACAGAAUUAUCGAUCAAAGCACUCUGGUAGAAAGUGAAGCAACAUUCUUUGCCAAGGACACCUCGGAUUUGCAACUCGAAGAAUGCCAAACUGGUUCUACCUGCAUUGAAAAGUCUGUUACUUGUUUAAAAGAGUGUGCUGCCAUUGGGCUUGAGAUUUCUCAAGAAAAAUCAUCGAUAACCUCCAUAAAGAACCAUAUGCUGAUGAACAGAGAUCCAUCCAGCUCUCCUGAUUCUACUGCUUCAACCAUGUCUCAACCAUCUCGAGAUUUUGAAAUCAAAGACAAAGAAGUCGUAGAUAAUUCAGCUUCUAGCUUGAAAAAUAUUACAACUGAAGGACAAGAAGCCCAGAAAGCAAGUAAAGAGCUUAAUGGAAUAUCACCAGUGAAGCCAAUUGAAAGAUUGAGGGACAGUCAACCUUGUUGUUGCUCACACAGGGAAAGUUUUUUUCGAGAGGCUCAGCUUGUUAGACAAUGUGGAACACUGAAGACGCCUUCACUCUCAAAGGGAAACCAGAUGGGUUCCAACUCGCACAUUCAACAAGCAAUCUGCUGUUCCAUUCCUUGCCCUUGUUUGAGGACUAAAACCAUAUCAGCAAUAACAUCAUCCGACUCUCUGAUAAAAUUCCAAAAUCCAGUGCUGAGGUUGAUGGGCAAGGAUUUGGUUGUGAACCAUGAUGUAUCAUACAAUUGCCUCGAGCAUUCUUCUUCAAAUUGUACUCCGGGCCGAGUUACUGUACCAUGUUACUAUCAUCAGUUUGCAGAUAGCUCUCCUUUUACUUCUCAGGUUUCAUGGGCUGCUAAUCAACCGGUGUAUUUCCAAUCUCAUGACAUGAUGUUCGUGGGGGACCCUCCGGUGAUCGGUUCGAAGUCCAGACACGGUCUGCAGAGCCAUCAGAAAAGACCGACAAACCAACCGAUGAAUGAAAGGGGAAUGAAUCCGCCAGCAGCUGCUUUGUUUCCAAAUAUCAUGCGGCACGGUUCACUAUAUUCUUCUCCAUUAACAUCGAACCAUCCAUUUUUAUCAAUUCCUCAGCCGAUUCCACCUGCCAAGAUGAUGAGGCAACGAAGCAUUCCUGACGGCUCGGCGCCUCUACUUCGAAAUACUAAAAUGUUUCCAUCACCUUCAUCGUCUAAUCACCUGACACCAUUUUAUUAGAAGAGACAUCAAACAAUUCAAUACCCCAGUGUGAGUGAAAAAAAAUGUUCUAUACAAAACUUGUUGUAUUCAUCGGUUGAAUUUUUUGUAUUUAUACAUGCUAUAUCACCCAAUUAUCUUCAUCCCCAAACAAUGUACAUUUCUGAAAUUCAAAUAGAACUCUUCUCCAUUCUGAAUUUGAACUUGUUUUAUGAUAUGUUUCUUUUUAAAUUUCCAUAAUUUAUUCUUAGUCUCUGAAAGAUUGAACAUAAUUUUCUUCAGUUUCAUGUCUUGCAUGUUAACAUCAUGCAUGCUCAAAUGAGAAUAAUAUUAUAAUUAAAUGCAAAGAUACAAAGACAAAGAUUACAUGAACAUACACAUACAUUCAGAUAUUACAAACACUGAUGAUGAUGAUGAUGAAGAAGUAGAA